CUUUUUUCUUCCAUUUCUCUGCACUUGAUUCUCUCUCUAAUUGUUGGAGACGGCUUUGACUAUCAUGCCCUUGCUUUUGAUACCUGAAGAGUAAGAGAUUGUUCAAGUUAUUUAAGUGAAAAAGCCACAUCCAGAGAAAUGAAGAGGAAAUCGCCAGUUCAACUUGAAGCUCUUGAGAGUUUUUAUUUGGAGCAAAUGUAUCCGACUCCUAAGGAAAUGGAGGACUUGGGCAAGUCUAUAGGCUUAACAGUGAAGGAAGUACGUGGAUGGUUCAAGAGAAGGAGGAGUAGAGGGAAAAGUGUAAAAUCCAUGGCGAAUGAUGGGUUGGGAGCAAAGAAUCCUCAGACAUACGAUAGAUCCAUCAUGAGGAGUUCCACAUCUUCCAGAUGCGUUGGACCAGCUGUUGAGGAAAGAUGUAGUAUGGGAACAAGGAAAGCCACUUGUCAAACGUUGUUGCCUUCAUCACAUAUUUUGGCUAAGAUUUUUCGAAAGGACGGUCCAUCGCUUGGUUUUGAAUUUGAUCAUCUCCCGUCGGGAGCUCGCAAAGCUUCUUGGCUGGGCACUUCAUCUGUCGAUCAACAGAAACAGAGAGUGGCAAGAAAGAGAAAGAUUUCUGAGCUGAUGGAUCGCACCAGUCAGGAUUGCAUUAAAGAGAAUGGUACUGUGAUGAAACAUGGUGUUGGAAAGGGUUUGAUGACUGUAUGGCGGGUAAUGAAUCCCAACAGGAGGGAUGUAUCUCCUUGCGUUGAUUUAUUGUACGAAAGAGCUACAUUACCUCAAAGCUUAGCACGUAAUCCCCCACAUCAAAAGAAAAAGCAAAGACAUUUAGCAUCAAUACUGAAGCAGAAAUUGUUGCAGAAGAAGUCGACAGAAAAGAAGAGGCGUUCUAUAAAUAGAGAGGCGGAAUUAAACAAAGAUGAAACUCAAAGGGCAUUUAAAGAAAACUGUGAGCUUGCCGCGGACGGGGAGGUAUUUAAAGAAACCUGCCAAACAAUUUCGAUACUAGUGGAUGAUGAAGAAUUAGAGAUGCGUGAGCGACAGGAGCGAGGAAAUCCUUUGACAUGUUCAUGCCAUCAUCCUAGUAGUGGCUCUCAUGGUUGUUUUCUUUGCAAAGAUUUACUGCCCAAGUUUCCCCCAAAUUCUGUUCAGAUGAGGGUGCCUUUUGGUUUGCAUCCAUGGAAUUCUUCCCCAGAGUCUGUGAAGAAACUGUUUAAGGUUGUCCAUUUCCUUUAUACUUAUUCAGUAACUCUUGAUAUAUGUCCUUUUACACUCGAUAACUUCACGCGGGCAUUUCACGAUAAGGAUUCCUUGCUCCUUGGUAAAAUUCAUCUUUCCCUGCUGAAGUUACUUUUGCUUGAUAUUGAAACCGAGCUGCAAAGGGGAUCUUUUUCAAACUUGAGUAUAUCAUGCAAGUUUCUAGCCCUGCUUCAGUCGGUUGAGAGCCAAAUUCUUAUUCUUGAUAUGUGGAGGGAUUCAUUAAAUUCUCUUACAUGGACGGAAAUAUUGCGCCAGAUAUUGGUUGCCGCUGGUUAUGGCUCAGUGAAGUGUGCUGUUCAAUCAGAAGAUUUAAGUAAGGAAAGGAGACUCAUGAAAAAGUAUGGCCUUCGUCUUGGAACGUUAAAGGGUGAAUUAUUUAGAAUGCUUAAUGAUAAAGGCAAUAAUGGCUUGAAAAUAUCCGAGUUAGCCAAUGCUCCAGAGGUUGCUGUGCUAAAUUUUGCAACUGCGCCAGAAGAACGAGAGAAUUCAAUAUGUUCAACUCUAGCAAGUGAUAUUACAUUGUUCGAAAAGAUAUCAGAAUCAACAUAUCGUGUACGUGUUAAUUUUUUCUCUGAGGACCCUGACAAGAGCCAGUCUGAUUCGGACAACUCUGGGAGUGUUGAUGAUGAAUCUGAUGAUUGCUCAAUUAGUUCUGGUGAUGAAAUUGAACAUGUUCCAGAAAAUCCUGCAUUUCGAAAAGUUAAGUGUAGGAAAAGGCGGAAGCAUAAAAGUAAAACGUGGGAAGUAUGUAGUGAGAUUGAUGAAAGCCAUCCCGGAGAACCAUGGCUGUUGGGGCUAAUGGAAGGGGAAUAUUCAGACCUAAGAAUUGAAGAGAAGUUAGAUGUUUUUGUGGCUUUGAUUGAUCUUCUUAGUUCUGGUUCCACUAUCAGAAUGGAGGAUCUACCGAGAGCUAUGGUUGACUGUGCCCCUAGUAUCUAUAGUCAUGGUUCUGGUGGAAAAAUUAAGAGAUCCUCCUCUAAUCAGUACAGCUAUCCACGUGGAUCAUGGGUCCAUGGAGGAGAGCUUCAUGGAAUGAAAGCGCUAUCUAAAUUGUCUGAUUCUCAUCCAGUUGAUUCUUCAUCAAUUGUGGGGGCCUUUGCAAAGCUGGCUGGAGAUAAAGCUAAUAUUGUUCACCCUAUGCAAUCUGUGUACCUUGGGUCUGAUCGUAGGUUCAACAGGUACUGGCUUUUCUUAGGCCCAUGCAAUGCAAAUGACCCUGGUCAUAGGUGUGUGUUCUUUGAAUCUUCUGAAGAUGGUCAUUGGGAAGUUAUCAACAACAAGGAGGCUUUGCGGGCGCUGUUGUCAGUUUUGGACGAUAGGGGCAGACGGGAAGCUCGUCUUAUUGAGUCGUUGGAGAAACGGGAAAGUUUUCUUUGUCAAGCCAUGCUGAAUAGACAGGUGACCCAGUCGGAGUCAGCCCAUUUCACAGACAUAGUCAGAGAGGAUAGUUCUUCACCGGUUUCUGAUAUAGACAACAACCUAUGUCUUAGUGAUAUUGCAAAUGAUCAAUUCUCCUCGCAACAUGCGGCUAUAGUAUUUGAGAUUGGAAGUAAGCAGGAGAAAAGCCUAUUGUGGAGCCUUCUUCAAGAGUUUGAUGAAUGGAUAUGGGCUAAUUUUAAUUUUAAUCUAAAUGCUGUUAAACACCGCCGAAGAUCCUACCUUGAUUCACUUACUAGGUGUAAGAGUUGCCAUGAUUUGUAUUGGAGAGAUGAGAAGCACUGUAAGAUUUGUCAUGCCACGUUUGAGGUUGAUAUAGAUCUUGAAGAAAGAUAUGCAAUUCAUGCGGCCACAUGUAGUAGGAAAGAAGAGUGUGAUACAUUUCCGGAUCAUAAAGUUCUAUCUUCCCAGUUGCAAUCACUAAAGGCUGCAGUAUAUGCCAUUGAGUCUGCUAUGCCUGAAGAUGCCUUGAUUGGUGCAUGGAGAAAGUCAGCUCAUAGGUUAUGGGCCAAAAGACUUCGGCGAAGCUCAUCUGUGUCUGAAAUUACGCAGGUAAUUGGUGACUUUGUUGGGGCAAUCAAUGAAGAUUGGGUAUGGCACUCUAGUGAUCAAGGGCAGACUUUAAUGGGAGAAAUCAUAAAUUGCUUCCCUUCAAUGCCUCAAACAACUUCUGCGAUUGCUCUCUGGUUGGUAAAAUUGGAUACCUUGAUUGCUCCCUAUGUGGAAAAAGCUCAACCUGAGAGGAAUCAACCAUUAUGCCGGACCAGAAAUACAAGUAGGCGAGCGUCUAAGCGGUAGUUGUAGCUAAUCAUCUGGACAUCAAGGACGGCGAUAGAAUAGAGGAAGAAGAUUGUAUAGAGGAAGAAUGUUUAGUUCGUGCAUUAUCCAAUAACAUUGGAAAAUUCUA